GAUAGUCCUCCUCGAUGAUGCUCGGAGAACCCCAUCACACGAAUCCGACGGUUCAGAUACCGCCGUGGCCGGUUAUCGAUGAUCAGAUGCCGGAGGUGUACUCUCCCUACUCCAUGAGUGGCAUGUCUGCAAACUCCGAUGGCAAUGCCAGCGGCGGCGACUACUCUCCGUACUACUUGCAAGAAGCACUGACGGCACUCCAGCGUUAUCUGCCGUCGAACGACGCCGAUAUCGACUCCGACUCCGAGAUUCUUGGUCGAGAUUUGGACGCUCCGGUGGACGCCUACUCCUGCGACCAUUUCCGCAUGUUCGAGUUCAAGGUGAGGAGGUGUGCACGGGGCCGGUCACAUGACUGGACUGAGUGUCCUUAUGCUCAUCCUGGUGAGAAGGCUCGCCGUAGGGACCCGAGGAAGUAUCACUAUUCUGGUACUGCAUGCCCUGAUUUCCGCAAGGGGAAUUGCAAGAAGGGGGAUGCAUGCGAGUUUGCUCAUGGCGUGUUUGAGUGUUGGCUUCAUCCAGCCCGUUAUCGUACACAGCCAUGCAAGGAUGGCACCAGUUGCCGCCGCAGGGUCUGUUUCUUUGCUCACACCCCGGAGCAACUCAGGGUCCUUCCUCAGCAGAGUCCGAGGAGUGCUAACUCGGUGGACUCCUAUGAUGGGUCUCCUCUCAGGCAAGCGAUUGAGUCUUCCUGCGCAAAAACGCUUCCAUUCAUGUCAUCUCCGGGUUCUAUUUCUCCUCCAGCAACUCCUCCGGCAGAAUCUCCUCCUAUGUCGCCGAUGACACAGUCUCUGAGCCGCUCUCUGGGUUCGAGCUCCAUCAAUGAGAUGGUGGCUUCUCUGCGUAAUCUACAGUUUGGAAAGGUAAAGUCACUCCCCCCUUCUAGAAAUGUUCCAAUGGGGUCUCCCCGUUUUGGAUCUCCACGCGGAUCGGUGCUCCGUCCAGAUUUCUGUAGCCUCCCGUCAACCCCUACUGAGGCACCGACUCGUUCUGGGGCCAGCUAUUUUGAUCUUUGGGAUCAGGGUUGUGAGGAGGAGCCUGUGAUGGAGAGGGUGGAGUCUGGAAGAGACAUAAGGGCGAAGAUGUUUGAAAAACUAAGCAAAGAGAAUUCGCUGGAUCCAUCGGGUCCCAGCACAUCCACUGGAGCUCCGGAUGUUGGGUGGGUUUCGGAGCUGGUUAAGUGAAGUAGGUGGAUUUGGGGAUGAGUGGCGUUGAUUUUUGUUUACGGUCAUCGGCGGUACCUUUUUGGGUUUUUAUGGCCACCUUCUCUGAUUCUUCAGCUCUGUGUAUAGAAUGUGAGGAAUCAGGGGGAUUAAUAGUAAUGAUUUAUUUUGGAAGCAAGAAGUCGGAGAUGCUAUGUAUAUAAUUAAUUCCAAAGGCAUGGUUGAAGUUUAGAAUCUCUUUUUAUAGGUAGUUAACGGGAAGAAUCAAGACAACAAUGCAUUGUUUUGGAAUAUAAGCUCUAUGUGAAGCUUCUGUAUAGGUGGUAGACCAAGAAUUAUUGCUAUGUAUUAACUAUUGUGUUGUGUCUUCUAAUCUCUCAUUAAUGUACAAACUGAUAUGUAGGAUCCAAGCUCCUCGGUUUUAUCCAAAUCAUUUGUGUACUGUGUAUUUUCCAUAGUUUGUGAGCUUCGGUUGUAUCUAGGUCGCCGCUUUUAAGCGUUCCAUGGCUCUGUGCGUGUCCCCAUUCAAUUUCGAAGUGCAUGGCAUUCGCUUCUGUCACCGAUAAGGGAUUUGCUUUGGCUGUGAUAUGGUGAUGGAAUUUCAUGUGUCUUUCUUCCUGGAGAUUGUUGGUAUUCACACACAUUUUGGAAAAAUUUAGAGGGGUGUCUAUUUAUUUAUGUGGUCCUACACCAUUCUGGGAAGAAGUAAAACGAGAUGUACUUUGCUGCUGCUGUUUUUUUUUUUUUGGGUAAAAUAUUUCGUUUCUCAAAAUUUACCCUGUAAUAGAGGGAAAUGAAUCUGUUUGAGACUCCGAAUUAUGGGUCAUGUUGCUGUCUGGCAAAUCGUGAGAAAAAUUCCACAUGUUUUAUGACGAUGGCACUAUUUUGAGAACAGAGCAGAGAAAUGGUUUUUGGAGUCGAUGGCCUAAAUUCCCAUCCUUGUGUUAGACCCUUGUGCCCCGGAGAAUCAUGACUUUUUUGGCGUCUUUCCUCCUGUCAGACGCGAACGAUUUCCUCCUUUGAUGUAACAGUGUGAUCUUCUUAGGCAGUAAUAGCCUUGUGGUAAAAGAUCUCCUUGGCCUCAUGACUCGUCACGCCCCUUUCCUCCCUUGGAUGCUACCAUAACCCCUCCGAUUGAAUCCCGGGAGCAUAACAAAUAACGGCUCUCGGAAGUGUCUUAGGAUUUGUUAUAAUUUUCCGGUGAAAGUCAUUAUCAUGACCAUAGUAGCAUAGUUUUAUGAACGGACCUUGAAAUGGACGGGGUCGUGCAGGUAGGUUGCAUAAUUAAGAAGACACAUGUUAGGGGGCAGAGCCAAUUACCCUUUCCUAAUGCAAAGGUUAAGAAUUGCACCAAUGGCUGAUCUGCUCCAGUUAGGGUUCCAUAAUUUUCUUGUGUAAUGGUAUUGAUACAGUUGAUAACUUGAUCUUGUCUGGUUGAAGGAUCUUCUGGAGCAGUAGUCUUUUUGGGGGAGGAAGAUCUGGGGCCGUUCUUUGUGGCCAUGAGAAAGGUAAUUACGGCCCAGACGGAUGGACGGAUGGAUGUUAUUCGAUGCUCUCUUUCAAUGCUUAAAGUCAAAUUGGGCUUACGUCAGAGACGGACUAGACUUGAAUUAGACUUUGCUCGCCGUUUUGUUUUGAACUCGCAAUUUUGGGUCCUAAUCCGCAGGCCUAAAUUUCUCUAUUUAUUUUGUUAUUAGUCAUUUUCUAGGAAUUUAAUGCGAAUCUCCAUGAGACAAUUGUACCUGGUUACACGCAAGACUUCGUGCGUUACCCCGUGAAGUCUGAAAUUAAUCUUAUCAAA